AUGUGGCUCUACCUAGCAACCCUCUUAGGCAUGUACUACUUUGUGCACUGGUACUGGGAGAGGCAGGUGGUGAGCCACCUCUCAGACAAGUGCAUGUUCAUCAUGGGCUGUGACUCAGGUUUCGGAAACCUGCAGGCCAGACAGUUGGAUGUGUGCGACUGAGGGUGCAGCCUGCAUGUUGGACAGAGAAGGGGGUCCCAGAUGUCAGACAGGCUGGAAACGUUGAUCUUGGAUGUCACCAAGACAGAGAGUGUCGCUGCAGUUGCCCAAUGGGUGAAGAAGCAUGUUGGGGACAAAGGACUCUGGGACCUGGUGAAUAACGCUGGCAUUGCCAUGCACUUGGGCCCCAAUGAGGACUUUGCGACCAUCCUGGACGUGAACCUGUUGGGGUUGUUUGAUGUGACUCUGAACCUGCUGCCUUUAGUGAGGAAGGCGAGGGGCCGCGUGGUCAAUGUCUCUAGCAUCGCAGGCUGGAUGUCAGUUUGUAGUGGAGGCUACUGCAUUUCCAAGUUCGGGGUGGAGGCCUUCUCAGACUCCCUAAGGAGGGAAGGGCCUUACUUUGGAGUGAAGGUCGCUAUGACUGAACCCAGUUAUUUCAAGACCAACAUGAAAAAUGCUCAGAGAAUUUCAAAGAGCUUUCAGGAGUUGUGGGACCCGGCUAGUCCUGAGGACCAGAAGAUCUUUGGCAAGAAGUUUCUGACAUAUUACAUGAAAGCAGCUGAAUUAAUGGAGCAAAUGUGCAAACAGGGUCUGCCCUUGGUGACAAACUGCAAGGAGCAUGCACUGACCGCCUGCCACCCCCACAUGUGUUAUUUCCCUGGCUGGGACAUCAAGCUUCUCUACCUUCCCAUGAGCUACACGCCCACCUUUAUGGUGGUUGCCAUGCUCUACUGGGUCUUUCCAAGGCCAGUCAAAGCCCUGUGA